AUUGAAGCAACAAAUGAAGGCAGCGGAAACGGUGAUGCAAAUAAAUUCCAAAAGAACAACAAAAAGGAACGUAAGAGGGGACAAAAUAAGAAUCGGCCGGUCUACAAAGAUGAUCGUGCCACACAUUUGUGCAAUACCUUAAUUAAUGGUCCCACCGAUAAGAAAUGUGCCCUGGAAAAUUGUCGUUAUGUCCAUGAUUUGCAACAAUAUUUGGCUGCCAAGGGUGAAGAUUUGGGCGAGAAAUGUGUGAUUUUUGAAACUAAGGGAUUUUGUCCCCGUGGCGUAACUUGUCGUUUUGCAAAAUCUCACUUGGAUGAAGAGGGCAGGAAUAUCAAAGCACCACACUAUGACGAAAAUACACCACCGUCAACAUUCAAUGGUAUUACAUCAGAAUUACAAAUAAAGCUUCGCAAGAGACAAUAUGAUUUUUCAAAAUGCAAGAAGUUCAUCAGACAAGCGGAGUCUAUUCGGGAUAAAAGAAAGGCAGAUAAGCAGCAAGAAAAUGGUAAUGGAAAGGAAGAAAAAGAGGUGGCGGAACCUGAAAAGCAGGAUGUGGAACCAGUAAACGCAAAUGAAGUGAAAAUGGAACUGGAUGAACCAUUGGAAGAAAAUAAACCUUUGGGUUCUUGUGCGGAUGAUGAUACCAAGGGCAGAGAUGCUGUACGUGUACCACCAAUUGAUUUUAAAGAAAAAUUGGUACUAUCUCCCCUAACAACAGUGGGUAAUUUACCAUUUCGCCGCAUUUGCAAGGAGUACGGUGCUGAUAUAACCUGCGGUGAAAUGGCCUGUUGUGUACCCCUGGUCAAGGGUAUGACACAAGAAUGGGCCUUAAGCAAACGCCAUGAGUCAGAAGAUAUUUUCGGUGUUCAACUAUGUGGCAAUAAUCCAAAUAUUAUUGCUCAAGCUGCACAACUAAUGCAAGAGACUGCCAAAGUGGAUUUUAUAGAUUUGAACAUUGGUUGUCCCAUUGAAUUGAUAUAUCAACAGGGUGGUGGUAGUGCCCUAAUGAGACGUACCAACAUUCUGGAGUUAACGGUGAGGUCAUGUUCAGCCCUCAAUCCACAAAUUCCAUUUACCGUGAAAAUGCGUACCGGUAUUUAUGCAGAUAAAAGUGUGGCUCAUGAUUUGGUGCCAUUGGUAGAGGAAUGGGGUGCAGCCGCAGUAACGCUCCAUGGUCGCUCAAGAGAACAACGUUAUACCCGCAAUGCCAAUUGGGAGUAUAUUGAGGAAUGUGCCGCCAAAGCUAAGCAAAUGCCCAUUAUUGGUAAUGGUGAUAUAUUGAACUUUGAAGAUUAUACCGAAAAGAGGAAAAUCGCUCCCCACGUAUCAUCUGUCAUGAUUGGUCGUGGUGCCUUAAUCAAGCCUUGGAUUUUCCAAGAAAUCAAAGAACAAAAACAUUUAGAUCCUACCUCUACCGAACGCUUCGAAAUGAUGCGUAAAUAUGUUAACUAUGGUCUGGAACAUUGGGGUUCCGAUACCAAAGGUGUUGAAAAUACCCGACGUUUCCUAUUGGAAUGGCAAUCGUUUUUGUAUCGUUAUAUACCAUAUGAUUUAAUGUUAAAUCCACCACAAAAAAUCAAUCAACGGCCACAGACAUUUAUGGGUCGUGAUGAAAUGGAAACGUUAAUGAGUUCGGCAAAUUCACAGGAUUGGGUUAAGUUAAGUGAAAUGUUAUUGGGCCGAGUACCAGAAGGUUUUACGUUUGUACCAAAACAUAAAGCCAAUUCGUAUUGA